AUGUCGAAGCCCGAGGACCUCGUGCCCAGGUUCAAGCUCGAGCGCUUGCUCAACCAGGACCAAGCAGGCAGGAGAACCUCGCUUAGCGGCACCAUUGAUGGGCAGCCUGCCUUGCUGGUCCUCGAGCGCGCCCCUUUCCCCAGCUCCCACGACUAUCUUGGAUCGAUAACGGGCAGCCUCCGCACACUCAAGAACCUGGGCGCCAACGACAUAUACCACUGGUACAUGGCCAGCAGCGACGCUAUCGCCCACGCAAAGAGCGACGACUUCGCCGACCUGAAGAUCAACUUGAUCUACCCGUGUACAGAACAGCAUAUCAAGAAGUACAGCAAACAAGGGGUCCGCUUCGUGACCGAGACACCCGAAAUAUACAGGGACAACAUCCGGCCGCACAUGCAGGCGAAACGAGACCAGGGCCGAUUGAACUGGGUCUUCAACAUCAUCGAGGGCCGCAAGGAAGUCGAGGAUGUCAUUUACAGGACGCGCCUCGGCGAGGCUGGAGACGAGGGCUUCCUGCUCUUGCCAGACCUGAACUGGGACAGGAAGACAAUCGAGGCUCUGCAUUUGCUGGGCAUCGUGGAGCGCCGCGACAUCUGGAGCUUGCGAGACCUCAAGGUCAAGCACAUACCUUGGCUCGAGCACAUGAAAGCCAAGUUCAUCGAGGCCACCGAGAAGGUAUAUCCUGACAUCGAGUCCGACCAGCUGAAGCUAUACGUCCACUACCAGCCAACGUAUUAUCACUUUCACAUCCACAUCGUUCAUGUUGCGCUCGAGGCCGGCGCGACGCAGGCAACAGGGAAAGCGAUCGGGCUGGAGAGCAUAAUCGAGCACCUGAAAAGCAUGGGCGAUGAUCAAGAGAAGGGCAUGGACUCGGUAUCUUUAGGUUACACGCUCGGAGAAGCUAACGAACUGUGGACGGAUGUAUUCGAGCCGCUCAAGCGCGGUACUUCUUCUCAAUCUCCAGUACCAGGUCGUUGA